AUGUCUCGACAACAAGGAGUCAAUUGGCGACGUCAUCGUAGAAUGGUAUUACAACUAUGGGUAAUGUCAUCACUUCAUUUGGGACUUUGGUUACCAUUGGUAAGUACAACACUUAUUGAAACGACUGUACAACCGUCAUUUAUGAUCAAUCAAUUGGAAACAAUGCGAUUUGCUCCGUAUUUCAUUCCACUUUUUUUUGCCAAUGAUAUGUCUUAG